AUGCGAACGAGCCAGGCGGCUGCAGCCUCCAAGACAGCUCCCAUCGAAGCAACAUCAGCAGCAGCAGCGACAUCUGACGCCGAAACAGAGCCGCUAGCCUUCUCCGACGACGAAGACGCAGAGGGUGAAGUCGACGACGAAGAAGAGGAGACACCCGCUGCUGCAGACCCACCUGCGCUGCACAAAAGUACUCUCAAGCUCAAGGUCCCAUCACGGAACACAGCAAGCAUGGCUGAUUCCGCAGGCCCCGACUCCCUCGACGAUGCCGCUGCAACAUUGGCAGGUCUGGGAGACUUCGCAACCGAAAGUGUUCCUGCGGCCAAUGUGUCUCCCUCAAAGACUGCUGGCACCGAUGGCCUGAGCGACGAAAGCGAGCUCUCAGAUGUGCCCGACGAGGGUGGCUCUGAAGACGGCGAAGGCUCCAGCGAUGAAGGCGAAGAUCAAGAAGAUGACAACGAAGGAGACUCCUCGGAUGCUCUCGGCGAAGACGAUGACGAAGACGAGGAAGACGAAGAGGAAGCUGAGGACGACGACGAAGAAGCACAGACCGACAAUGCUCCCCAAGCUUCCGCUGCUCGCGGAAGACGCUCGCGUCAAGAGCGCGAUCGCAUUGUCCUCGCGGAUCCGGAAGAGCAGCAAGACGAUGAGGAUGCUGCGAGUAGUCUAGCUGCCCUCGCUGGAGGUGCGACCAAUGUCGAUGUUGUACCUCAAGGCGACGACGAAGAGGACGCGGAAGCCGAAGAUCGCCCUGGGUCACUACCUGCUGCCACGCAAGCCGCCAAUGCUACGCUCAAGAGCCGCAAGCACUCACUCCUCGGCCCUCAGAUCCUCUUGGACCCCACUUCGAACGACUCCGAGCCUGCGACGUCAAGGCAGCCAAGUGUUGACGCAGAUGGCGUUGAAGAGGGCGAUGAAGACGAGGAAGAAGAAGAAGAAGGAGAGGAGAAAGCAGGAGAGGCAGAUGCGGACGGAGAUGUAGACGAAGAGAUGGCCGAAGCUCCGGUUGAAGCAGAAGGAACCAUCUCGGGAGCAGCAAGCAAGGGACCUGCUAGUCCUUCUGGCAAAGCAGCAGCAGGUACGCCCUUGCCAGAUGCUCCAGAGCUGGAAGAUGAAGCGGCAACUGACGAAGCGGCCCUUCGCCGGACGGAGGCUCUGGAUGCUCUCACCAAGAUUGAGCUGGGAUUCGCAAUGUUGAGAGAUCGGCUCUAUGCGGAGAGAAUCGAAGAGGUCUCGAAGGAAGGCGAAAUGGUUCUGGAUGGUACCCACCCUGAGCUCAUCCACCUCACGGCUCUCAUUGAGGCUCGCCGUCAGCAUCGACUCCGCAUGGUGGAGAUCUGGCUGGAAGAGGAGCAACGCCACUUCGCAAAGAUGGCUGCCACCGAAGAACGCCUUGCUUGGCAGUCCUGGAGACAUGAUGUCGCUGAUCUGAGGCGUAACUCGAUGGACGAGCUCAGUCGUAAGAGGAGGAAGCUGGAACGCGAGAAGCGGAACCUUGACGCUCCUCGGCCGGCGCGUCGACACCAAGUCUUCGAGACCGAGAUCAUUGGAGAUCCAGAGCUUGCACGCGCAGCGGCCCGAGCCGCCAAGGCCGACCGAGAGCCUGGCGUAGUAGGACGCAGGAGGGCUGCUCGCGAAGCACAAGACCUCGCCGAGCUUGGCAGUCAUAUCGCUCUUCCUGACCUGCGCGGCAUAGAGGAUUACGAAGCAUGGUCAGAUCUGGAGAGGAUGGGCAUACUCCGGCCCGAUCUCAGGAUGGGAGCCAUGGGUACAGGAACGCACGCGAGAGGUACGCCAGUGCUGCAAGCACAGCAGAUGCCUCCCCAGCAUCCCUCACAGCAGCAAGCCCCCACCCACCAGCAACAGCAGCAACGAGCACAACAGCAGCAUCCGCAGAUGCUCGACCCUCGUCAGCAAGCUGAGAUGGCUGGCUACUACGUAGGGCCUAUGGACGGUCCUUCCUCGCAGCACCCGGCGUGGGCGCACGAAGCUGCCAUGGGCUACGGUCCCCCUAUGCAUCCCAACGGCAGACCAAUGACAAUGGCCGAGCUAAACAUGUACCAAGAAGAGAUGUAUGCUGAGCAGCAGUACCAUCAGCAACAGCAGCAACAGGCAUACGGCGGUCAUCAUCAUCCUCAUGCAGGCUAUCCUCCUGGUCCCUCCCCGCAUGAGAUCGCGCAGCAACAACAAUACGAACGUGAGCGCGAGCGCGAAAGGGAGGUCAUGCGAGAGCGGGAGCUUAUGCGCGAGAGGGAGAGAGAAAAGGAGAGGGAGCAGGCAAGAGAAAGGGAGCGGGAACGAGAGAGGGACAGAGAGAGGGAGAGGGACCGAGAAAGGAUGAAUGCCGCCUCAUACAACACUCACCCCGGUCACGCUCAGCAGCGUCAGCAAGGCGAGCGUUAUCCACAAGCUCCUCCUUCGCCUGGUCGUCGAAUGCAUGCCAACAAUGGCAAUGGUCGACAUCCAGACGAUCGUGAGUCACGUCACCUUUAUCCUCAGGGUUCAUCGUCUUCCCAUCAGCCUCAGCCACAAGCUACUUCUGGAGCAAGGGCUCGGGACGAGAGGGAGCAACGAGAGCGGGAGCGAGACACCAAGCCCUUCGCGAAUGGGCGCGGCAACAGACAUCACGACGAGCGGGAAUAUCGAGAGGGGCCUUAUCCCCAACAGCUGGAGCAGCUGGCGUACCCGAGCUCGAGCUCGUCUGGACAGCGUGAACAACAAGAGUACCAGCAACGAGCCCUCGCACCUCCCCAUUCGCCCCAUCGUAACGUGCAUGCGGCGAUGCCUCAAUCACCUCCUCAGCCCCAAUUGCCGAGUCCACGAGGGGGUCUGGCACAUCUGCCCCACCGUCAUCAGCAGGGGCAGUCACCCUCAUCGUACCCACAUCAUCGGCCUUCGCAUUCGCAGAAUCAGAUUCGACACCCUUCGGCCUCUCCACAAAUGAACGUUCGCAGACAUAGCGAUGAGCAGGAAAGCAAUCGUCACUUCCCGCCUUUGCCACCGGCGCAUUCUGGUGGCGGGCUGCAGGGGCCUCAUGGUGCUCGCUCGCCUCUGCCCCCGCCAGGGGCUGGAAUUGUGGCAGCAGCCUACGGAAGCGGCAGACCCCCCUCUGCAUCUCCGGCAAUGGGACCAUCAGCACCCAACACGCUUCCCUCUCCAACGAAGGUUCCACUAGGUCCGAAGGCUUUCGAUAAUUCGCCGGAUUCGAGGGGCGUACAUGAAGGCCACCAUGGGAAGGACGUUGAUUCCGAGAUGAACAUCGUUGCUUCGGGGUCCGGGAAUGCGGAGCUUGGGGGUAUGCAGUCGAACUUUGCCCAUCGAUUGCCUCUCUCAAAUGAGGUCAAGAGGGAGGUGGGGCCUCCUACCGCGGGUCAACCAUGA